AUGGCGCGCGGACGCGGCGGACGGGGCGGGCGCGGUGGGAAACCUCGCGGUGGGCGUCACGCGGGACCGUCGAGCGUGCUCCCGUCGUGGGCCCGAGGCGGGGGAGGGAACUUUUGUGCGUGCUCGCGAGACGGGUGCGAGAAGCGACACGCGGCGGACGAUGGGAGCGACGACGACGACGACGGACGCGCGAGCGUGAUGCCGGUGCCGCUGGCGAUGUGGGAUCUGGCGCAAUGCGACCCGAAGCGAUGCAGCGGGCGGAAGUUGGCGCGAUUGGGAUGCUUGAGAGAGCUCAGGGUGCAGCAGCGGUGGGCGGGCGUGGCGCUGACGCCGAACGCGACGGAGACAAUAUCACCGAAAGAUUUCGACGUGUUGCGCUCGAAUGGGUUGGCGGUGGUGGAUUGCUCGUGGAAUCGAUUGGACGAUGUUCCGUUCGCGAAAUUGCACAGCGCGGCACCGAGAUUGUUGCCGUGGUUGGUGGCGGCAAACCCGGUGAACUACGGAAAACCGUGCAAACUGACGUGCGCCGAGGCCUUGGCGGGUGGGCUCUACAUCGCGGGCUAUCGCGACGCGGCGGAGGAACUGAUGAAUAAAUUCAAGUGGGGACACGGCUUCAUCUCUCUCAAUCGCGAUCUCUUGGAGUCUUACAUGAAGUGCAAGACGAGCGAAGAGGUGAUUGAGACACAAAACGCUUGGUUGACGCAGGGCGGCCCGAGCGCGGGUCCGAAGCGAGAUAUGUUUCCUCCGAGCGAGAGUGAUUCGAACGAUGACGAUGACGAUGACGAGAGCAGUUCGGACGAAGACGAUGGCUUACCACCGUUGCAACAGAAUUUGAACCACUCCCGAUUCGGCAUUGAGCGCUCUGGCAACAAUUUCCGUAACAGGUUCAACGAGAGCGAGGACGAUGAGAGCGAGGACGAUGAGAGCGAGGAUGACGAGACGGUGGAUAUAACGAGGCGAGUCGCUGAUCUCUGA